UUCAGACAUCGCGAUCAUUAACGAAGAAUCGUUCGUUUGAAUUGCACGUUGGGUCUCAAGUCUCAACACCGGUGACCAGAGUCUCACUCUCAACCAAAAAAUAAUACUUUAAUGUUAGAAUUUUAACAUUUGUGACUUUGUGUUACUGACUGGAUCUGAAACUCUGAUCUAUUAUGGCUACCAACAAGCUAAUCGCUGGAAAGGAAGUUGAUUUGAAGAUUUUAGAACUUGAGUUAAAAGCUAUUGAAGAGUUAAUCUCAAAAGUUAACAGCCAAGUUAACAGAUUACAGAUUGAACUAAUGGAUAUGCAACAUCAAAACAGCCGGAAUACUGAUUCCAAUAAUCAGACUACACGUGAUCAUCCAUAUAUUAUUAAUCAAGUUUCUUCUGAAAUUGUUAUUCCAGUUGAUUCAGAAAGUCAGCAAAUUAAUGCAACAAAUCUUAAUCUGAGCGUGAAACCUGCUUUAGAACUCAGCAAUUACUCUGACUACGAAGAAAGUUCAGAAAAUGAGGAUUCAACAUAGCAACUGCAAGAAAAUGUACUCAUGUUCUCUAAUCAACCAUUAUUAUUGAAGAAAACCAAGGAACUGUUGCUAAAUUUAAUUCCAGCAUUCACCAUUACUGCAUUUGUACUCUAAGUCUUUCAGAAGUGACCGAAAUUGCUUUUGUAGUUCCACAGACAAAGAACUCACAUUUUUUAAUAUAUCUAGCCACCUAUGUACAAAAUUAUAAAUAAAUUCUCAAUCUUGUGAGUGGAAUACAUCGUUUUGUACCUGUU